AUACAUUCUCUACCAAUUGCUUUUCCUCUCUCUCACUCUCUCUCUCUCUCGCACUCACUCACCGAAAGGAACUUCUCUCACUCACUUAUACUCACUCUCUCCACUUCCAAUUAUCUUCUGCUGUUCGGCUGCUGCUCCAGGCCUUAUCAUUUUUGUGCAGUGCCAUUUUCUUGAGUCUUCUUCUGCUUGAUCCCAUUUCAGUCUUUCCCUCUUUCUCAAUGGCUGCUUUGGUGUUUGUGGUGCUCCUUUUGGCCAUGGCUGGUCACUCAAGUGCCACAUGGUGUAUUUGCAAGGAGGGUUUGAGUGACACAACCCUGCAAAAGACUCUGGACUAUGCAUGUGGAGCUGGGGCGGACUGCAACCCGAUCCAUCAAAACGGACCCUGUUUCAACCCGAAUACCGUCAAGGCUCACUGCAACUAUGCUGUCAACAGUUAUUUCCAGAGAAACCGCCAACAACCUACUGCCUGUGAUUUCGCUGGCACUGCCACCAUUGUUACUUCUGAUCCCAGCACAGCUGGUUGUAUGUAUCCUGCAUCUGCAAGUGCUACAACCACGACUCCAGGAACGACAACACCAACCACCACAGUCUCCGGAACGCCCACCACCACCGUGCAAGGCGGUUCCCCCAUCGUUAACACCCCUAACACAGGUGUUCUAGGAGGUGCUAACAACGGCCUAGGCCCAUCGGGAAUGAACAACGACAUGAGCGAAGGAGGCAUUCGGCUCCCGACCAACAUCCUCCUCUUCUCCUCCAUGAUCCUCACUUUAUCAUCCCUUCAUUUCUGGUGAGCUUGAAAGGGAUGGAUGGAACUUGUGGUUGGCUUGGCUGUUUCAAGAUUCAUGUCAAAAGAUGAUGAUGUUGAGGAAAAUGAUCAUGAUCUUGAGACAACCUUUGUUUUUUGUUCUCUUCUUUCAACCCUCUCAUAGUGGAAGAUGAUGGGCUUCUUGAUUCUUUUUGAAUUUGUAAUGUAGUGGAUGUUUGUCAGGUCAGUACUGGGGUCUUGUCUUUAGGACCAUAAUGCUUGCAACUUGGCUUUAUGUUACCAUAACUAUGUUGUAACAUCUAUUAUGCCUCAGUCCUAUGUUAGUGCGUCUUCAAUUUAUUUGUGCUAUCCA